UCUGCUCUUUCUUCUUUUUCUCAGAUAUUUUUGGCAGCCCUCUCAUACAGCUAUAUAUGCAAGGCACUAGGUGGAAUCUGUAUGAAAAGUUCUAUCACUCAAAUAGAAAGAAGAUUUGACAUAUCAUCUUCCACUGCUGGUUUGAUUGAUGGAAGCUUCGAAAUUGGGAAUUUGUUAGUCAUUGUAUUUGUGAGUUACUUUGGAUCCAAACUACACAGACCGAAGCUGAUUGGAAUCGGAUGUUUCAUCAUGGGUGUAGGGGCGAUUCUGACUGCGUUGCCGCAUUUCUUCAUGGGAUAUUACAGGUACUCAACAGAAAAUGACAUCAACUCUCUAGAAAACUCCACAUUGAUGUGUUUGGUCAACCAAACUGCGUCAUUCACUGAGACCUCACCUGGGAUAGUGAAGAAAGGUUGUGAAAAGGAAUCCAAGUCCUACAUGUGGAUUUAUGUCUUGAUGGGGAACAUGCUUCGUGGGAUAGGGGAAACACCAAUAGUGCCCCUUGGAGUUUCCUACAUUGAUGACUUUGCAGAAGAAGGGCACUCUUCUAUGUACUUAGGUAUUCUGCAUAGUGUAGCAAUGAUUGGUCCAAUCCUUGGCUUUAUCUUUUCAUCUGUGUCUGCUCGGUUAUAUGUAGACGUUGGAUUCGUAGACCUGAAAAGUAUCCGAAUAACUCCUAAGGAUGCUCGUUGGGUUGGUGCCUGGUGGCUCAAUUUCAUUGCGAUGGGACUAUUAUCGAUUAUUUCUUCCAUACCCUUCUUUUUUCUACCCAAAAUUCCAAAGACAUCACAGAAGGAAAGGAAAAACUCAGCAUCUCUACAUGUACUGAAAAUAGAAGAAGAAAAGAAUCUCAAGGCUAAUUUGACCAAACAGGAGAAACAAGCUCCUGUCAACCUGACUGGUUUUCUACAGUCUCUGAAAAGCAUCCUUACCAACCAUAUAUUCCUUAUAUUCUUGGUACUUACUUUGCUACAAAUCAGCAGCUUUAUUGGCAGCUUUACCUACUUGUUCAAGUUUAUAGAGCAACAGUUCGGCCAGUCAGCAUCUCAGGCCAACUUUCUGUUAGGGGUCAUAACCAUACCUGCUAUGUCAACUGGAAUGUUUAUUGGAGGAUAUAUUGUUAAAAGAUUCAAACUGACUGUUAUUGGAAUUGUCAAGUUUGCAUUUUUCACCACCUUCAUGUCCUAUGCGUUCCAACUAUUAUAUUUCCCUCUACUCUGUGAAAACAAAGCAUUUGCUGGCCUAACCUUGACCUAUGAUGGAAUGAACCCAGUGGACUCUCAUACAGAUGUCCCACUUUCUUAUUGCAACUUAGACUGCAGUUGUGACAAAAAUCAAUGGGAACCCAUUUGUGGGAAGAAUGGAGUGACUUACAUUUCACCUUGUCUGGCGGGAUGCAAAUCUCGUGGUGAUAAGAACAACAGUACUGUAUUCUAUGAUUGCAGUUGUAUCAGCGACUCUGGUUUCCAGAACACAAACCACUCAGCACACUUUGGUGAAUGCCCAAAAGUCAAUUGCAAAACCAAAUAUUACUUGUAUAUACUUUUUCAAGUCAUACAUUCUUAUUUCGUUGCAAUGGGAAGCACUUCGUUUAUCUUGAUUCUGAUGAAGGCUGUCCAACCUGAAUUGAAAUCACUUGCAAUGGGUUUCCACUCACUGGUCAUACGAACACUAGGAGGAAUUUUAGCUCCAGUCUACUAUGGGGCAUUGAUUGACAGAACAUGUAUAAAGUGGUCCGUCACCAGCUGUGGAGCACGUGGGGCUUGUAGGGCAUAUAAUGCAAGAUUAUUUGGGAACAUCUACUUGGGUUUGAAUACAUCUUUAAAAACAGCAGCACUUCUUUUAUAUUUAGUAUUACUUUUUGCCUUGAAGAAAACAUAUAAAGGAAAGGAUAGCAAGACAUUGGAAAAUGGUAAAAAAUUCACAGAAGAAGGAAACCCAGAAUCUGUAAAUAAAAGUGGAUAUUAUUAUGUACCUUCUGAUGCACCAAGCAAUGAAACACCUCUUUAAGAUGCAUCUAUUGCUGUGUUUUCAAACAACUCCCUAGUUCUUCCAUUAAACAUUUUCACACUUUACAUAUGAUAGAGAAUGGAUAAUCCUAUGAAUUUAUAAUGAAACAAACUGCACAUCAAAAGAAAUAAAAGUGUUCUUGUAAGGGUAUAGCUGUGCAUUUGAAGCUAGGAUUGGAAUAUAUGAUCUGUAAAACUUUAAAGAAUGAAAGUUGGUUAGUUUACAUUAGAAAAACAAGUAUUCAUUUAAGCAUUUAUACCUCAAUCAAAUGAAUAAAAAGGCUAAUGUGGACAAAGGG